ACAGGGUUCUAUUUUAUAUCUCUCAGGUUAACAACAGGGUUCUAUUUUAUAUCUCUCAGGUUAACAACAGGGAUCUAUUUUAUAUCUCUCAGGUUAACAACAGGGAUCUAUUUUAUAUCUCUCAGGUUAACAACAGGGAUCUAUUUUAUAUCUCUCAGGUUAACAACAGGGUUCUAUUUUAUAUCUCUCAGGUUAACAACAGGGAUCUAUUUUAUAUCUCUCAGGUUAACAACAGGGAUCUAUUUUAUAUCUCUCAGGUUAACAACAGGGAUCUAUUUUAUAUCUCUCAGGUUAACAACAGGGGUCUAUUUUAUAUCUCUCAGGUUAACAACAGGGGUCUAUUUUAUAUCUCUCAGGUUAACAACAGGGAUCUAUUUUAUAUCUCUCAGGUUAACAACAGGGAUCUAUUUUAUAUCUCUCAGGUUAACAACAGGGAUCUAUUUUAUAUCUCUCAGGUUAACAACAGGGAUCUAUUUUAUAUCUCUCAGGUUAACAACAGGGAUCUAUUUUAUAUCUCUCAGGUUAACAACAGGGAUCUAUUUUAUAUCUCUCAGGUUAACAACAGGGUUCUAUUUUAUAUCUCUCAGGUUAACAACAGGGGUCUAUUUUAUAUCUCUCAGGUUAACAACAGGGAUCUAUUUUAUAUCUCCCAGGUUAACAACAGGGAUCUAUUUUAUAUCUCUCAGGUUAACAACAUGGUUCUAUUUUAUAUCUCUCAGGUUAACAACAGGGUUCUAUUUUAUAUCUCUCAGGUUAACAACAGGGAUCUAUUUUAUAUCUCUCAGGUUAACAACAGGGUUCUAUUUUAUAUCUCUCAGGUUAACAACAGGGUUCUAUUUUAUAUCUCUCAGGUUAACAACAGGGAUCUAUUUUAUAUCUCUCAGGUUAACAACAGGGUUCUAUUUUAUAUCUCUCAGGUUAACAACAGGGUUCUAUUUUAUAUCUCUCAGGUUAACAACAGGGAUCUAUUUUAUAUCUCUCAGGUUAACAACAUGGAUCUAUUUCAUAUCUCUCAGGUUAACAACAGGGUUCUAUUUUAUAUAUCUCAGGUUAACAACAGGGAUCUAUUUUAUAUCUCUCAGGUUAACAACAGGGUUCUAUUUUAUAUCUCUCAGGUUAACAGCAGGGAUCUAUUUUAUAUCUCUCAGGUUAACAACAGGGUUCUAUUUUAUAUCUAUCAGGUUAACAACAGAGUUCUAUUUUAUAUCUCUCAGGUUAACAACAGGGAUCUAUUUUAUAUCUCUCAGGUUAACAACAGGGUUCUAUUUUAUAUCUAUCAGGAUAACAACAGGGUUCUAUUUUAUAUCUCUCGGGUUAACAACAGGGUUCUAUUUUAUAUCUCUCGGGUUAACAACAGGGUUCUAUUUUAUAUCUCUCAGGUUAACAACAGGGUUCUAUUUUUGGCCGUGGAAGACGAGAAACUAA